AAAAAAAAAAAAAAAAAAACACCGUGAACGCACCACACCCACGGACUGAAACAGAACACGGUCCCAAAAAAAGAACAGACACCCAGACCCGGAUAGGACCCCAAGACCCAGACCCGGACCCGGAUCGUAAAAAAAAAAAAACUGAUCCGAACCGAAAAACCAGACCCGGACCAAAAAAAAAAAAAAAAAAAAAAACAGAGCCGGACCAAAAGACCCAGGACCAGGACGCACUGGGACCCCGAAGUCCCUGAAGGCCUCCAGAACCUUGAGACCGGAUCCAGUGGAGUUUAAAAAGAACCAGAACCUGAACCAGAAUCAGAACCAGAUCCAGAAUGAAGCUGACUUUAAGGGUCCUGGUUCUGUUUGGUCUGGUGACCGGAACACUGAGCCAAGGAUUUGAUCUGUCCGACGCUCUGGACGACGUUGCACCGACUCCUGCCAAACCCAAGGAUCCACCAAAAAAGAACGAUGACUUCACUUUGGACCUGGCAGAUGCGUUUGAUGAUUCGGACCCCAAACCCCCCACAGCCAGACCACCUGCCCCGGUGCCCCCCAAGACUGGAGGAGGAGGAGGUGGUGGAUCUUUCGGUGACUCAGAUUUACUGGAUGUCAGUGGAGGAGACUACAAACCAGACGGAGGGAAAUCAGGAGGUCGUGCAGCGGACCCAGGAUAUGAUCCACAAGGUGGAGUGGAUCAGCCUCAGGGGGGUCCAGACCUUCUGUGGGCCCACAUCCUGAAGAUGCUAACGCUAAGCGCUAACGUUCCGGAGGAGUUCUACCUGUGGAUGUCCAACCUAAAGAACACACUCACACCUGUGGUAGAACGAGUCCUGGACCUGCUGCAGGCCCUGCCUGGACCCUAGACUGGGUUAGGGUUAGGGGGGUAGGGAACGAGUCCUGGACCUGCUGCAGGCCCUACCCGGACCCCCCAUGGGUUAGGGGGUUGGGGGGGUUAGGGUUAGUCCACGUCCACGUCUUGAAUCUCAGGAGCUGCUAAAGUUUACAGCCACACAACAGAACGCAGUGUUCCAUGUGACCUUUAACCCCAGCCUGUCCUGGACCCUGGUUCCUCUCAGUGACCUUUGACCUCUGUUCACUCCUCAGAUGUUCUGGAUAGCACAUUUAUAUGUGGGUGAUUCUGGUCCAAAUCUGACUAAUCUUGGUUCUUGGGGGUUCUAAAGGGUUCUGGUCCAAAUACUCUAAAGGUUCUAAAGGGUUGUGGUCUAAAGGUUCUAAAUGGUUCUGGUCCUUCAUUCUGAACUUCAUCAAACUCAUUAAAUGUAACUUUCAUGGACAAGUCUGUCAUAUUCCAUCUUCUAUUAACAGACAUUUGUUGUUGUUCCAACUGGUUGGUACUAAACGAUCAUAUAUGGUUCCAAUAAACUGUCUUUAUAAUAAUGGUUUUGUUGGACUGAUGUUUGUACUAUGAACGUAGACUGAAACUUCUACUGUUAAAGGUGAGUAAGACUGGGUUUAAGGGAGGUCUGUUAGAGGUUCGGAAUAGUCAUGUAAUCAUGUGGUGGUGUCAGGACACGCCCCCCUUAACCUCAGCAGCUGUUGGCUCACAUUCCCACAGAACCCAUAUGAACCUGUAUGAACCUGUAUGUGGUCUGGUCCAGUCUGUUCACAGAAAACCUCACUUAGACCAGACUAACAUAGCUGUGAUGCUAACUCCUGGUCUUUGCUGUAGCUGUGAUGCUAACUCCUGGUCUUUGCUGUAGCUGUGAUGCUAACUCCUAACUGUAGCUGUGUUGCUAGCCCUAACCCUCCACACAUGUGACCUGUGCUUGUGUGUAACCCGAGGCUGUCCUCUGAUGUUAGCUCUAAUGUGUUGCUAGCUCGUAUGUGUCUCUUUUAGCUUGUCUGUGUUUGUGUUAGCUUGUCUGUUUCUCUGUUAGCUUGUCUGUGUCACCGUUAGCUUGUGUAUGUCUCUGUUAGCUUGUCUGUGUUACCUUGUCU